AUGGCUCUAUCGCAAUACAAAACACCCAUACUCCCCUCUCUGAGCGACAAAAUCAAACACUUGCUCCUCCACACUUAUCGACCCGAUCACUCUUCUCCCAUCCCCAUACCUCCCCACCGUGUCUCCCUCGACACACCAAUCUCCCAACGCAUCAUCCAAGAGCGAAACUUUGCGACUCAAACAACUACACGUAUCCAACCUUCCUGGUCUUGGGAGAAGACUGAGAGAUAUGUGUAUAACAAAGAUCUUGUCAUGCUUGGCUACCUGUUCGAUUUUCCGAUCCAGGAUUGGGCUAGUGGAAAGGAAACGGCGAGGCAUGCGUUCGAGGCCUUUUGGGCCAGAGAGGAGAUGAGAGGCAUGGGGGUGUCCAUCUAUGAGAUGGGAACGCAGUUUUCUUGGUGGAUGACUGGCGAUGUUGCUGAUAUCCCUAUUAUCGAUGAGGAGACAAUCACUGAUGAUAUCCCCGCUGUCGAGGAGGGAGCCGCCGAUGGAUCUGACGAAAUGCAAGAGGAAAUUCUGGGACACGGAAUCGAGCAUGAAGAGCUCAUCGAAGGCAUCCGGAAUGUUCAGGAAAAAGAGCCUGCAGAUGAGGAAAUGCAAGACAUGGUGAAAGAACCCGAGACGGAGAUGGGCGCCGAGGAGCAAGAGCACAUUGAACAGCCAGGAGUGCAGGGAGAUGAGCCCGAGGACCCAUCAAUUCUCCCUCCUCCACCUCGCCGCUCUAGUCGCCUGCCUAUCCGCACCCUUAUCGCCCCUAAGAAGCCAAAACGAAAAGGAAAGGGAAAGGCAGUGAAAGACACACCACGCCGCUCGACCCGUGUCUCCGGACGACGUAAGUUCGCUGAUGAGCCUUUUACUACACCCACAAAGAAAUAG